UUUCCCUCCGCGUCGAGGAAAGGGAAGCUAGCGAAAAAAAAUGGGCUCGCUCCCCUCACCUCCGCCCCCCGCCGCCGCCGGCGACAAUGCGGCCGGUUGGCAGGCGAUCGACACCGGAGAGCUUGGCCGCCUCUUUGAGGCCCAGCGCCGUCACCUCGACCACUUCUUCGACCACGUGGACCUCCACCAGGCAGCCGCCUUCGCCCAGGCCCUCCUCGACGCCCCCGGCGCCGUCUUUUUCUCGGGCGUCGGCAAGUCCGGCAUCGUCGCCCACAAGCUAUCCCAGACCCUCUCCACCCUUGGUUUUGUCCGCUCCGCCUUCCUACCCCCCACCGACGCCCUCCACGGCGACAUCGGCGCCCUCUUCCCCGGUGACAUUCUCGUCCUCCUCUCCAAGUCCGGCUCCUCCGAUGAACUCCUUGGCCUCGUCCCCUGCGCCCGCGCCAAGGGGGCCUACCUCAUCGCCGUCACCUCCGUCGAGGGCAACCCCCUCGCCGCCCUCUGCGACAUGAGCGUCCAUCUCCCCCUCCAGCGGGAGCUCUGCCCCUUUAACCUCGCGCCGGUCACGUCCACCUCCAUCCAGAUGGUCUUCGGUGACACCGUCGUCGCCGCUCUGAUGGCGGCCAAGAAGCUCACCCGGGAGCAGUACGCCGCCAACCACCCCGCCGGCAAGAUCGGAAAAAGCCUUAUCUUUAAGGUGAAAGACGUCAUGAAGAAGCAGGAGGAGCUUCCCAUCUGCAAGGAGGGAGACAUGAUAAUGGAUCAGCUUACAGAGCUGACAAGUAAAGGAUGUGGAUGUCUGCUUGUUGUUGAUGAUAACUACCAUUUGAUUGGAACCUUUACAGAUGGUGACCUGCGACGUACACUGAAGGCUAAUGGUGCAACCAUCUUCGAUCUCACAGUUGGUCAGAUGUGCAAUAGAAACCCAAGAACAAUCAGCCCGGAUGCGAUGGCAGUGGAAGCAAUGCAGAAAAUGGAAUCACCACCAUCUGCUGUGCAAUUCUUGCCAGUUGUUGAUGAUCAGAAUGUUGUGAUCGGGAUCGUGACCUUGCAUGGACUGGUUUCAGCAGGCUUGUGAACUUUAUUCAGCUUAUUUUCGUGUAUUCUUUGCAAUGCAAGUCUUUGUAUCUGCCCCAAUAGGACGAAUAAUAUGCUCUGGAUAUUGAUGCAUUUCUGUUGGUUCAAUUCUAUUCCAAAUUUGGUGAGGGCAUGCAUAUGGUAGUCCUGCUUGUUGUUGUAUUUGUUUUUAUUUAGGAUUUUGUGGCAUUUUGUUUUCUUAGGAUCCCAGCAUGCUGUGGACCUGCUGAGGCUGUUUGUAAGUAAAGGAUGUUAGUUAUUCUUUAUGAAUAAUUUGGAUUAACAACA